AUGUGCAAGAGAAGCGGUCGACUCAACUGCAUUCAUUCUCAUGCAGUUUUUGAUAAUAAUAAUAAAGACGAUUGUUUCGAAUACUUUCUACUAUACUAGUAAAGUUUGAAAGCGUUCUCAUAAAUUUCCAUCCUGUUUUAUAUAAGUUGUUCAAUAUAAAUGAACGAAACGGUAAAUAAAAAUAAUCGGAUACUUUUUUCGGUUCAGUACCUGAAUAGGUACCACAAAAGCUCUCACUGUGGACCUUUUGAGGGUGCACACCCUACGAAGUACCAAAACCGCCUUUUUUACCCCUAAAAGAUACGACUAGCACCCAUUCCUUUCUAUUUGGGAAUCCCCUCUCAAUAUUUGGGAGUCCUAUGCCACGUGUAUCUCGUCUCUCAGAUACCGGUACUUGAGCUGUGAUUUGUUAGUCAAUUGUCUGGAGUGUAUUCCUCUGAACAGCGGUUCGAUAUAUAUUUAGCGGCUGUUCGGGAAAAAAGCCCGUACUUAGGAGCAACGAAGACCUUACUUGACACUUGGAGAGCGACAGAUCGAACUCAAACGUAUAGACGGUACGGUCCGCUACGCGCGCUUGUCUUGCAAUGGUUUCCUUUCUCCAAAGCGAGAAGUGUGAUAAAAAACUUUUCAUUGAACCUCGUUUUCUCAGUUCGUGCAGCUCCAAGUUUUUCUUCUUUAUUUCACUUUUCAAUUUUUUUUGUUGCAUCAAUUUUAUGGCCCACGCCCUUGAUACUACAAGGCAAAGAAUCGACCAAGAAAACAAAAUCAGAUUUUUAAAAUGAGGAACGUAACUCGCACUUGAUUUGAAUAUGAGGUAUACACCCGAGGGGUACUCCGAGAAAAAUUGGAUGGGGCUGUGCGGCCCGCUUCCCAGCGAUUUUCCCUAGCCUAUUUAUGACCUGACUUAAAAUUUGAUACUCUAUGUAUGACUUGAUCCUAAAUCAAUACCCCGUUUCAAUACCCUUAUACUUAGUUGCCUAGUUCAGACCAUCGAUGUUAAAGGCAUCGUGAAGGGGUUUUGUUUAUCGGUUUUUUUCAGUAAUGAUGAAAAAGUAGCUUCGUCUAAAACCAUACCCAUUUCAAGACUAGAGUUCAAAAAUCAUGUUCUAUUUAUGACCAAAAUGGCAAAAUUGACACCCUACUUCCGACCAAAACGGCUGAAAACCAUACCCUUUGGGGCGCACAUACCAUACAACCUAUGGGCUUCAUUCUACAGCCCUCCGGUACUUAGCUAAAAAUACUAACUUCUCCUUGAUGACUGGUAUGCAAAUAGUUCCCCUUUGAUGCUAGAAUAGCGUCCUUUUUCAGCUUACACACAGAAUCUUUUUAAUUCUCAGUUUGUAAAUUCAAUGGAAAGAAGUUUUUCCAGAGUGAAAUCAUUGUCUUACAAGAUCGUAAGUCGCUCUGGUAAGUACAGAAUUCCCUUGGAGUUUACACCCAUGAUUAAUUAAGCAUACAUGUCCUCCAGUUAUUAAUACAGUAGAUUCCCAAUUUCUCUAACGCUCGAUUUUCGCCCCUCUAGUAACCAUGAGUCUUCGCGUACCACGCUCGCACCCAGUUCUCUGUUCCGUGUCGGCAAAAUAUUAAUUUAUACCGAUUAUCUCAAAUUACAUUUUGUUUCCCUCCGCACGAAGGAUCUCAAAGGACCAAUGCAAUUUUACCCUUGGCGAUUUCUGGAACUACCCAACGGGGGUUCGAAAAAUCGAGGUUCGAUCAGGAUAGAGGACUGCAUGACAACCAGUAGACUUUCUCAAAAUAUAAAUAUUGUAUUGUAAAUUAUAAAUUCCAUUGUAAUACAGAUGAACCUUGUUAUAUUUUACACCUUGUUAACUUGAGCUCAAAUCAUAUCCUUUUUUUUUUCAUCGUUUGUUAUCGGCUUUCUCGCCGCCAUCUCUGUACUUAAUAAUUUUAUUUCAAAAGAGUUUCUUCUCUUUCUUGAUUAUUAAAGCAAAUGUGAAGAAUCGAAAGGCUGGGCGUGUCAACACGACAACAGUCAACAACAAAUGGAUCCACUGAGUGGUAAGUCGCAAAAAUGAACCCUUCCACUAAGGUUCAGGCGUAUACUGAAACGAUGGUUGUUCCAGAGCCGGAUAGAAGAGGUCUAAUACAAUUAAAAUACUUAUCAAAACAUUAAUCACUUCGGCUUCAAGUACGUCGUUAUUUGAUUCAGUUGAUUCAGAACUGUUAGAACACAAAACAAAAACAUAAAACUGGUGGCAUAGCAGAGAAAAACGUGUACACACCAGGUCACGAUUGGUUUAAGUCUUGCUUCUGACUAGCUGAAAGUAAUCCAAAAUAUUUUGGUUUAUUUCGCUGUAAUUAAAUUAAUUUAAAAGUUCAACAGCGAUAUCUUUUGGAUUGGGUGAAGAAAACAAUUAAGAAACCGCCAAACGAAAGCUUCUUAUUUCGAGCUGAACUUGUUUUCAAGUUUGAGCUGAAGCAAGUUCAACUCAAAAUUAUCCCGAACUGAACUUGUUUCAACUCGGGACCGACUUUGCAUAACCUGGCACACAUGAUAGCCUUAACAAAUAUCCCUUAAAACGGCCAAAAUCGGCGUAUCGUCAAUUUUUUAUUUAAUUUGUUUUAAAUUUUGAUUUCAAAGAGACACCACAGUGCGCUAACCCACUGACAGGAGAGGUGUACAAAGAGGGUGAGAUCUGGAGCCUCAGUGAAUGCGCUCACUGCUUGUGUGGAGAAUUCCAGACGGGCAAUAGACCCUUCUCCAAAAUGGCGUCCGAAAAUUCAAAUAAGUCAAAAUUAAAAACGUAUACCAGCACUAGAAAGAACACCAUUACUUUAGUAACCCUGCAAAGUUUCAGCUGAGAAAAUGUAAGUUGAAAAUUGAAAAAUUUACAGACGUUUGUAUGACUGGGGGUAUAAUGCGUACCCCCAGUCAUACAAACGUCUGUAAAUUUCUCAAUUUUCGACCUGCAUUUCCUCAGCUGAUAUUGCACCUGAAAUGCUGACACUUUGCAGGGUUACUAAAGUGAAGGUGUUCUUUCUAGUGCUGGUAUACAUUUUUAAUUUUAGCAAAUUUUAACUUGUUUGAAUUUUCGGCUGCCAUUUUGGAGAAGGGUCUAUUGCUCAGUAAUUCAGUGUUCCAAGCCACUGUGUGACGAUCCGUUUAAAAUAAAGGGAAAAUGCUGUUCAGUGUGCCCGCAAGAUUACGCUAGAGGUUGGUGUAAUUGCAAUUAUUAACCACGAUUAUUAUCACCCAUCUAGUGGAAUAAUGCAAAUCCUGAAUUUUAAUUGGCUACGCUAUUAGAGGACUAUUAGUAAUAGUCCUCGACUAACGAAAUUCGCAGGUUUUCUUUCGUUUUAUUCCCAAAUAAAUAUUUCUUCAACUUGCAUUUGCUUACUUUAUUAUUGCCUUUUCUGUCCGAUAAAACAAUUAGACCCUUCGUCCUCAAGGGCCACGGGUCAAUAGCCCAUUUGGCUUCUCCUCGUGGGCUAUUGACCCGUGGCCCGCAAGGGCUACGAGUCUAAUUGUUAAAUAUUAACCAGGAAAUAUCGGCAAUUCCGCAAACAUUUGGUUCGAGAAAAAAAAAGUCGAUAAAUGUAAACAAACACUGAAACGAUUUUUUGUUAUUACCCAUUAGUUUGCCACUUUGAAGGAGUAAAGUACUUUCACGGAGAGCUUAAUGUUCUUCCGGACCGAUGUACCUUGUGGUGAGAAGUCUGUUUGUUGCUAUGCUGAUACUAUUCCUUGUAAUAAAACUAAGGCUAAAUGUUAGAGCAAGAUGGCGAAGUAUUCGCCAAAGAGGUACUCAGAGAACAGUUUUAUCCAAGUACACAAUCAAGGACGAUACUUGCACUUCAAACGUCUUAAUCUGGAUCUGGUUGUUUAAAGGGUAGCAAGAGAUAUCGCACCUUAUCAUGUUCACACCAUUAGAGUUCUUACCGCACUGUCGCUCCCUACUUUGUAUAACUGUAUUGAUAUAUAUAAGCCUUGAGUUUAAGAAAGUUGGAAUAGAUCAGACAGUAGUACCUCAAGUAUUACUACCUAUGUGUAUGAAAACACUCACAGCUAGGUGGCUGAUACCUUGGAGUUACAGAAUCAGUGGGGCAUGCUCACAAAUGUUGCCAGUUUGGAAAUCGAAACCUAAUGGGAAAUUAUUUCACCGGAACUACUAGCAAUGCUAGAAAGUAGAAAUUACAAUGUGGCACCUAUUCAGAGCAUUUGCUUUUAUUUCUGCCAUAAUUUUCACAAUCCCUUUCAUUUCAUUUUUCAAGUGAUGUCUUGCUAUCUCCAAAAGGUGGGCGGCUAGCCACCCAAUCCGGUCACCCUCUCCCUUAAGUCCGCCAUACAAGAAUGAAUGCGGAGGGCGUGGUCGAGGUCUCAGUGCGAUCUCGACAAGUAAGGUAUAAACUCGAAUGAUGCAAACUGAAUUGGGUGCGAGACCCUCACACCACCUUUAAAGCGUAGAGAGGGAUGCUAUACAUCGGUAUCCACUGGAUAGUGAUUUGUUCGUGAGGAAGCAUUGCACCUGUACAAUUCUUCCUAUAAGCUAUGAGCAAGAGGGAUUUGGAGUCUAAGACACCAAAAACAGCACAACGCCUUCAAUAACAACAACAAUCGUGAGCAUAUAUUUUACGAAAUUUAAAUUUUGAGAUUAAUUAACAUCUCGCGCGUUUAAUUCAUCAAGACAAGCGUCAGCGUAAAAGCGUAGUUGUCGCGUUUGAAUAGAGUGGUUUUCAACUCAGUGUCGUUAAACCAAAACCAAAGUUAUCACUCUAGCUAAUCACAAAGGACACAGACAAUCCAGUGAACCAAUGAAAACUCGAAGGAAUAAGCCAUUUCCAAAUUCUCUUUUUCAUGCAAAUCAAAGUCAUUUUCAUAAGAAAGGGUUGCGCACUUAGACUCGCUUUGAAACAGAGGCACAAGGGAACUCGGAAAUGGCCUAUUACAUGUAGCUGACGCGCGGGAAAACGCGCGCAAACGAGUCACGAUUGCAUUUGGUUUGUCUUGAUUUCUCAUUGGAUGAAAAAAAGUGGCGCGAGUGUUUUAAUUGAGCUAAUCGUGUAGUGAAAACAACUCUAUACAUGUCCAGAUACAUCAGUUCCUUGAUUCUUUUUCAUCUCUAAUAGUACUUGCAGCUACUCCAAGUGGCAGUGUUCAAGCAGCAGAUGCAAGUUUACAAAGACGAUUAAGGGUAAGACAGGGUAAAUCUUGGUUUCAAUCGAGUCACUCGUCAGAUUACUGCCUCAGUGUUAUAUUAAUUAAUUACUUCUCUUAUACCUCAGUUUAGAAGGCCUUUUGCUGAUUUUUGACAAGAACUGCCAAACCAGCUAUCUGUGAGAAAAGUCGUCUUUCCAGCUCAUAUUAGAUGCAAAAAGCCAAAAGCGAAAGUAGAAUUUUUACCACCCUUGCAGCCCUCGUCACUAAAUGUAAUCACGAGUUUAAUUAUUAACGUUUACGACAGAAGUACUUACUAUUACAGUACUGUAUCAUUAUAAUGUCCACUAUUUUUUUGCAUAGAUCUUUUUGUUGUUUGCAGAGCCACUUAUGAUGAGACCUAAGUGA